UGGAGCACAGCCCAUCCUCAGCCGAGUUCACACUCAACUCCUCUGUCUCCUCAGAUCCAGAAGAAGAUACAAGAAGAGAUGGACAACAUCAUCGGGCUGGACAGCCGACCCACCCUGAGUGACAGAGGAAGACUUCCAUACCUCGAGGCCACAAUCCGGGAGGUUCUGCGCAUUCGGCCAGUGGCUCCAAUGCUCAUUCCCCAUGUAGCUCUCGAAGAUUCCAGCAUUGGUGAAUACACAAUUCCCAAAGGAACUCGAAUUGUGGUCAACCUGUGGUCCAUACAUCAUGAUGACAACGAAUGGCCAGACUCUGACAAAUUUGAUCCUGGUAAAAAAAACAUUAAUAACCCUCUCCAGUCUGCUAUCUAACAGAAUAACCAAACAAAAUUCAAAUGGCUCUCAGGCUCUCUCAUUACGUGGCCCUCAACUGGCAUUUGCUUUGCUCUCAAAGGCUCAGUUCUAAGAUUUGAUCUUUUGCAGGAAACCCAGCAGAUGCUGAUAUAGGGUGACAUUUUGCUUUUGUAUUUUAGGACACAAUUAACAGUGUGUGCCAGACAUUGCUCUCUGCUGGACUGGCACUUGACCUUAAGCCAAACGCUGGUGAGAGACCGUCCGUCCCUCCGUGACUCUGCCAUGAACAAAACAGAAUUGAGAACGUACAGUCAUGGCCAAAAUUAUCGGCACCCCUGGAAUAUU